AUGGUUUCAGGUGAAUCGCUGCGCCAUUUUAUAUUCGACAGAGCGUUCAGUGUCCAUAGGGAAUUUCAGGAGUUACAGUACCAUCUACCGGCUAGUGUCGGUGAAGGGGCACGUUUGUUAGCGACGGUCGCCACCAUAUUGACAAACCUUAUACCCCUGGUGCUACCUCUCAUGCUGACCAACUUCUUCAACCGCGUGCACACGCAGCAGCAGGCGAGAUAG